UUUUUGAGAAAUAUCUCCAUACCAUAAUUGUACAACGCAAUUGACGUCCACUAUCAAGAUGCCUCCAGCCUUGAGUCCAAUCAUGAGUAUAAAAUCCUUGGUCUUCCCGUGGCGAAAGGGAAGAAACGCUUCUACUCUUCAUUUCACACUCGAGAAUCGACCGCAUGAGAAACAGUUUUAACCAUGACUUCUCAAUCCCGUCUUUUCAAGCCCCUCAAGAUAGGCGAUAUGGAGAUCCAACAUCGCAUUGGGAUGGCUCCACUUACGCGCCUUCGUGCAAGCCAUGAUCGAGUACCGACAUCAAUGAUGAAGGAGUACUACAGUCAACGAUCUGCAGUGCCUGGCACCCUGAUUAUCACCGAGGGAACCUUCGUAUCCGCAAAGUGUGGAGGCUUCCCUUAUGCACCAGGAAUAUGGUGUGAAGACCAAAUUGCGGCUUGGAAGACAAUCACCGACGAAGUCCACCGCCGUGGAUGCUUCAUAUUCUGUCAGCUCUUCGCAAUGGGCCGUGCUGCGGAUGUCGAAGUAGCCCGACAAGAGGGCGUUCCUAUCGUGGCACCUAGUGCCAUCCCCAUUGAAGAAGGUGUCGCCGUACCUCAAGAGAUGACCAUCGAAGAGAUCAAGCAAACGGUUGGCGACUUCUUGCAAGCUUCAAAGAAUGCCAUUCGGGCGGGCUUUGACGGAGUUGAAAUCCAUGGUGCCAAUGGGUACCUUCUUGACCAAUUCAUUCAAGACGUCAGCAACAAACGUCAGGACGACUAUGGAGGCAACUUGGAAAACAGAUCUCGUCUUCUCGACGAAGUCAUCAAGGUUGUCGCUGGUGCCAUUGGUCCCAAGCGUGUUGGACUUCGUCUGAGCCCUUGGAGUACAUUCCAAGGGAUGAGGAUGGACGACCCAAUUCCGCAAUUUACGGACGUCAUCAAAAAAGCGAGUCAGUCGGACAUCGCAUAUCUCCAUCUCGUGGAGUCCCGUGUUUCCGGAGCUACGGACUCCGAUGCGCAAGAACGACUGGAUUUCGCAUACGAUCUUUGGACCGGCCCUCUUCUUGUAGCUGGUGGGUAUACACCAUUGGAGGCACAAACGCUUGUGGACGGGAAAUAUCCGAACAAUGAUAUUAUCGUCAUAUUUGGACGGCUUUUUAUAUCAAAUCCGGACCUCAUUUAUAGGGUGAAGGAGGGGCUGAAGCUCAACCCGUACAAGAGGGAGACGUUCUAUGUCGUUCAGUCGGCGGUAGGCUAUUUGGACUAUCCCUUGAGUGACACGUAUCUGCUGAAUAGACAGGAGGUUCCUCACUGA